AUGGACCCCACCAAAGUCACAAUCCCACCCAUGAAGGACCUCACCGACGAAAACAUCACCGCAAACACGCACAUCAUCAACUCGCAAGGCCCCGACAAGCGCUUCCAGUUCCUGAUACACAGCCUCGUCACGCACCUGCACGACUUCUCGCGCGAGACGCGCCUGACCACGGACGAGUGGAUGGCCGCGAUCCACUUCCUCACGGCGUGCGGCCAGAAGUGCACCGACACGCGCCAGGAGUUCAUCCUCCUCUCCGACACGCUCGGCCUCUCCAUGCUCGUCGACGCGAUGAACCACCCGAAGCCGCCCGGCGCCACGGAGGGCACGGUGCUCGGCCCGUUCCACACGCAUGAUGCGCUGGAGUUUGAGAAUGGGCAGAGCAUCUGCAGCGAGGGGAAGGGCGAGCCGAUGCUGGUGCUGUGUAGUCUGAGGGACACGGAGGGGCGGCCGGUGCUGGGGGCGUCGAUUGACAUCUGGGAGACGGAUGAGACGGGCCAUUAUGAUACGCAGUAUGCGGAUAGGGGCGGCCCGGAUUGCAGGGGCAUACUGCGUAGUAAUGAGGAGGGGUUCUGGUUUAAGGGGAUUAGGCCCGUGCCGUAUCCGGUGCCGACGGAUGGCCCGGUGGGCGAUAUGUUGAUGAAGUUGAAGAGGCAUGCGUAUAGGCCGUCUCAUAUGCACUUCAAGAUCAACGCUCCCGGCUUCGACGAGCUCGUCACCGCCCUCUACGUCCGCGGCGACCCCUACGAAACCUCCGACGCCGUCUUCGGCGUCAAGUCCAGCCUCAUCAUCGACCUGCGCAAGAUCGAGGACGCGGCCCUCGCCGCGAAGCACGGCAUGAAGGUCGGCGACUGGCUGCUCGUGCACGACUUUGUCAUCGUCACGAAUGAGGAGAGCGAUGCGCUGCGCAGGCUGCAGGCGAAGGAGGCGCUGAAGAAGCUGGGGAGUGUGGCGACGCUGAAUGAGGAUGGGCUGCCGACGGCGGCGGAGCUGGACUGA